AAACGCUUGAGAAAUGUGAUUGCUUGCAUGAUUAACAUUCAUUCACAAAACGCUUGGCAUCGAGCCUAACAAUUCGGCGUCAUUCCAGUUCCUUUGUGAAACAAGCCGAGCCUGCCACGCAGAAUCAAUGGCCGCGCCCGAGUCCAGCAAGAAGCUGCGCAUCCUUCUCAUGCCCUUCUUCGCCACCAGUCAUAUCGGCCCGUUCACCGACCUCGCCGUCCGCCUUGCCACAGCCAGCCCGGACGCCGUCGAGCUCACUCUGGCUGUCACUCCGGCGAACGUCCACGUGGUUCGCUCGGCCCUCGGGCGGCACGGCGCCGAGGCGAGCGCCGUGGUCAAGAUCACCACCUACCCGUUCCCGCGCGUGGACGGCCUCGCCCCGGGCGUGGAGAACCUCUCGGUCGCCGGAGACGACGGGUGGCGCAUUGACGCCGUCGCCGUCGACGAGGCCCUGACGCGACCGGUGCAGGAGGCGCUCAUCAGGGAACAGUCCCCUGACGCUGUCAUCACCGACAUCCACUUCGUCAUCUGGAACAGCGCCGUGGCCGGCGAACUCGGCGUGCCGUGCGUCACGUUCAGCGUCGUUGGCAUCUUCUCGACGCUCGUCAUGUACCACCUCGGCCGUGCCGCCGCCGCCGGCGUCGUCGUCAGAGAUGGCCAGGAGGUGAUCGUCCCAGAGUUCCCGGGGCCGGAGAUACGGGUCCCCGUAUCCGAGUUGCCGGAGUUCCUGAGACGCCCACCGGAGCACGACGUGAUCAGCCAGUGCCAUGUGGCGAUGGGCAGGUGCUUCGGCGUCGCCAUCAACUCGUUCGUGGAUCUGGAGCAGCCAUACUGCGACAUGUGCGUGCGCAGCGGAUACCUCAAGCGCGCCUACUUCGUCGGCCCCCUCUCGCUGCCGUUACCACCGGCCGGAGCAAGCGGCGGCGACUCGCCGUGCGUCGCGUGGCUCGGCACCAAGCCGAGAUUUUCGGUGGUGUACGUAUGCUUCGGCACCUUCGCUGCCAUCUCGGAGGAGCAGCUCCGGGAGCUGGCGCUUGGGCUAGAAGCCUCUGGGAAGCCAUUCCUGUGGGUGGUGAGGGCCGGCGGCUGGACGCCGCCGGAGGGCUGGGAGGAGCGCGUCGGUGAGAGGGGGAUGCUGGUGAGAGGGUGGGCGCCGCAGACGGCGAUACUGGCCCAUCCAGCGGUGGGCGCGUUCCUGACGCACUGUGGGUCCAGCUCGCUGCUGGAGGCGGCGGCGGCCGGCGUGCCGAUGCUGACGUGGCCGCUGGUGUUCGACCAGUUCGUCGAGGAGAGGCUGGUGACGGAGGUCCUCAAGAUCGGGGAGAGGGUGUGGAGCGGGCCGCGGAGCACGAGAUACGAGGAGCAGACGCUCGUGCCAGCAGAGGCGGUGGCGCGAGCGGUGGCAAGGUUCUUGGAGCCGGGCGGCACCGGCGAGGCGGCGAGGAGCAGGGCGGGGGUGCUCGCCGCCAAGGCACGCUCGGCUGUGGCGGAGGGCGGCUCGUCAUUUUGUGAUCUGCGCCGUCUCGUCGAUGAUCUGAUCGAAGCAAGAACGGCUGCCGGAACCCCUGCCUGAGAACAAUGCAGACCUCGAGUACGUGUGGAAUUGCUGCCUUCGAGUUAUUUUCAGGUGUUUGUCGUUUCUUUAAAUUUGUUGUCGAAGGAACAAAGUUGACUCGUGCUAGUUUUAAUGCGUCACUCAUUUUCAUCUCUGCAUCUCUACUCCUCCCUUCAAUGGCUGCAAGACUCAUUUUUCAAUGGUUGCGGCAUCUCUACAAAAUUGACUCCUUAAGACUUCCCUGCAGAGCAUCAGGGCCACGUGUCAGUGGCACAAUCACUCUGCAAUAGUCCGCAGAGGAUCUACUCAUCCACGUGCGUUCAAAUGGGGGUUUUGUUCUCGUAAAUAAAAGUACCAUGAAAGUAAAGUUAAUUGCAUGAUACGGGAAUUCUCAAGAGAGAUGAAGAUGUUU